CUCUAAUUAUAUUACCCAAUUAAUUAAUUACGCUAAAAAUGUUUCUAAAUUAAAUUUAGAUUCCUAAAAAAGGCUUCAUUGAAUAGUAUUGGGCCAUAUUCGUGGCAGUGAAGCCCAACUCUGAUAAUCUCAGUUAUUACGAGAUUUGGUAGGAAUGCAAAUCCCAUGGUUUUAAAAAGCUUUCUUUCCAUUCGGUUCUGGACUCCUUCCUUUCUUUUUAUUCCUAAACACAAAUUCACCGUUCUUUCUUUCUUUCAUCCAACCUCCUUCAGAAAAGCUAAAUCCUAAGUUCCUAAGAAUUGGAGUGGUCUAUAGUAACUGUCCUGUGAAUCAAACAAACUUGUUGAUAUACUCAUGCCUGAUCCGGUGGAGAAUCUGUGGCCAUAUCCAAAUGCUUCUAGUUUCAGUGACUGGGAUUCCGGCGAGUCCAAUUCUAUUCCAAGUGGGCAUAGCAAUGUGUACGGGAGUACUCCAGAAGUAUUAGGGCAUGUUUGGCUGCCACCAUCAUCAUCAUCAUCCCGGAAUUACCUUGUAGCGGAUCGGAGGUCAGAAGAAAGAGAGUUUGACUACUCUAAUGGUCUCAUUCAUGAGAACCGUAGCAAUGCUUAUGGCUUUACCCAUCCGAUAGGCAGGGCAGCUAUGCAGCGUUCUAGUCCCAAUAUUUCCCUUGAGAACUCAAAUGUAGCUGGUGGGCCGUAUUGCAAUCUCAGUGGUCCGCACAUCAGCAGAUCAUGCGCGCCUUUGGGCAUUGAUAACGAAGGGACAUCUUCAUAUGAUUCUGGAAGUUUCUUGAGAGACCAUUAUGAUCCGGAUUCUUUUCCAAACACGUGGUGUUUUGCCUGCAAGAGAAAGGCCCUUGAUGUCAGCUCUAGAAAGUCUUUUGCUUGUGGCAGUUCGAGCUCUAACCCCCAAGCUGAGAACACUGCAAAUCACAAUGCCCCUUGUUUCCCUCUAAGCAGCUUUAGUUUGUUUAUGCCCUCCAAUGCCGGUGUCUCAGAACAAGCCAAUUCAAGAAACUCAAGUGGUUCAAGACUAGUAGCAUGCAAUGAAUUCCAACCUUCAAGUGCUCAGAGAACAGCCGAAAGCUCAACAAGAAACUUUGAUAUAAUAGAGAACUUCGGGUUUCAAUUACUACCGGAAAGAACUGCUCUAGGACCUUCUGGCAUUAGCACUCCAUAUGUGUCACAAGGACAUUUUUCUAGUUCUCCAAACUUGUGGGAUUCAUUAUCACUAUCGAUGAACUCGAUCAAUCCCACAAAUCACUAUCCUCCAAUGGAAUCUUCGACGAAUAGUCCCAUGGUGCAUGAUGAAACUGGUUUUGGAGGUUCCUUCACAAACAAUGGUGCAAAUUCUAGGUAUCUCCGUGCUAAUGAGACACGAAAUUCAGCACGUGUUAAUUGGACGCCAGACAUUGCAAGCUCCUCUCAAAACCAUCCUUCAUGUUUUGGAAUUGGUCCCCAAUAUCAUACACAUACACUAUUUCCAUCAACCCGGGAUACUAAUCAGAACCAAGCCAGUACCAGCAGCCAUCAGAGAUUGUCAGAAAUGCCCUGGAAUAUUUCCACACAUGCAGCAUCUGAACCAGGUGGAAGCCGUAUGGGAAGAGGAGUAGGCAAUAAUUUUCAAUGCCAACCAUGGGCUACUACUUCCUCUGAGGAUUCAUUCAGACCAUCACACUGGCUUAGUACUUCCCGUGAGGAUCCAGUGACAUCAUCACAACCUCACAGGAGGGGUAACCACCAACAAUGUUUUUGGCCUCCUGUAACAACGGAGGUUGCAGGUGACAAUCGUGGUGGUACUUGGCGUGCAUUAGGUUCUGAUUUCGAGGGAAGAUACACAAUGGAGUCUGAGAUGCUCCAAGCACUUGAGGCUAUGCGAAGACCUAACAACUUCCCGACUGAGGUUCACCCCGUGUUCAAUUCGUUUAUGAACGAGGUUGCGGAACUGCAUGACAGGCACAGAGAUAUGAGGCUUGAUGUGGACAAUAUGACUUACGAGGAAUUACUGGCAUUGGAAGAACACAUAGGAAAUGUGAAUACAGGAUUGAGUGAGGCCACCAUUCUCAGAGGUAUGAAACGACGGAAAUAUUAUUGUUUCUUUGAAGGAUUAUCAUCAGACCUGGAGCCAUGCUGUAUAUGUCAGGAGGAGUAUAUAAAUGCAGAUGAGAUUGGGACAUUGAAAUGUGGCCAUGACUUCCAUACCAAUUGCAUCAAACAGUGGCUAAUGGUCAAGAAUCUAUGCCCAAUCUGUAAGAUGACAGGUUUGGAUACUUGACAAGCCCCACCCCGAAGGAAGGAGAAAACAAACACCAAAAGAAAAGUGAUAAGAAAACUUUAAGGUAAAUGUAAACUUGUCAAGAGGACGAAGUCUGUAAUAUGCACUUUUCUUACUCUUAUUUAUCAUGAAUGUCAAUGGACCCGGCGCGCUCUGCUUUGGUAUG